AUGGCUCCCAAGGUCUCAGCAGCCGUUGCCAAAGCAAACGACUUUAUUGACUUCGUCAACGACUCUCCCACUCCCUACCAUGCGGUCCAAUCCUCUAUCCAGCGUCUCACAGCCGCGGGCUUCACCGAGAUCAAAGAACGCGACAGCUGGAACUCAACCCUCCAGCCCGGCGGCAAGUACUUCCUCACACGCAACUCCUCCUCGCUCGUCGCCUUCGCCAUCGGCCAGAAAUGGAAGCCCGGCAACCCCAUCGCCAUGAUCGGCGCUCACACCGACUCCUGCACGCUCCGCCUCAAGCCCGUCAGCAAGAAGACGGGCGCGGGCUUCAUGCAGGUCGGCGUCGAGACGUACGGCGGCGGCAUCUGGCACACGUGGUUCGAUCGGGACUUGAGCAUCGCUGGCAGGGCCAUGGUGAAGGAUGGGAAGGGGAACAUUGUGCAGAAGCUGGUCAAGGUUGAGAGGCCCCUCUUGCGGAUCCCGACGCUGGCGAUCCAUCUCGAUCGCAGCGCCAGCUUCGAGCCGAAUAAGGAGACGGAGCUGUUUCCGAUUGCUGGAUUGGUGGCUGCGGAGCUCAAUCGUACGGGGGUCAAGGAGAAGAAAGAGGUGGCGCAGGAGGAGGAGGAGGAGGGAGAGGGGGAUUUUAAGCCGUUGAAGGUGUUGAGUGAGAGGCAUCAUCCGUAUGUAGUGGAAAUCAUUGCCGAGCAUGCGGGGGUUGCUGUGGAAGAGGUGGUGGACUUUGAGAUGGUGCUGUAUGAUACGCAGAAGGGGUGUAUAGGUGGCAUCAACAACGAGCUGAUCUUCUCGGCGAGAUUGGAUAACCUGGGCAUGACAUACUGUGCUCUCCAGGGUCUUAUCGAGUCCGUCUCCUCGGCAUCAUCUCUCGAGCAGGAUUCUUGCAUUCGCUUGGCGACUGGCUUCGAUCACGAAGAAAUCGGCAGCACGUCAGCCCACGGCGCGGCUUCCAACCUCCUCCCUGCCGUCCUGAGACGUCUCUCUGUCAUUCCAGGUCACCACGAUGCGGCCUCGGACAAUUCCUACGACAAAGUCAGAGAAGCCGAGUUGGACCUUUCCACAGCGUACGAGCAGACCCUGGCGUCGUCCUUCCUCAUCUCCGCCGACAUGGCGCACAGCGUCAACCCCAACUACAGCCACAAAUACGAGUCCGAUCACCGUCCCGAGAUGAACAAAGGCCCCGUCAUCAAGAUCAACGCCAACCAGCGCUACGCGACCAACUCACCCGGCAUCGUCCUCCUUCAAGAAGUCGCUCGGCGAGCGAAGCCGUCGGCCGACUCGACGGCGAGCGCUGGCGUCCCGCUGCAGCUGUUUGUGGUGAGGAACGACAGCAGCUGUGGCAGCACGAUUGGACCCAUGCUGAGUGCGGCUCUGGGCACGAGGACCCUCGAUCUGGGGAAUCCCCAGCUGAGCAUGCAUAGUAUUCGCGAGACGGGCGGCGUCUACGAUGUGGAGCACGGGAUUCGGUUGUUCGAGAGCUUCUUUGAGCACUUUGGGGAGUUGGAGGCUACGAUCUUGGUGGAUUAA